AUGAAUCCACACCCCCCACCAACCACCCCCAACUCACCACCCACACCACACCUUUCUAACCACCAUAAACAAGAAAAGAACCCCCCCCUCCUCACCCUCCCCCCAGAACUCCACCUCCAAAUAACCUCCCACCUCCCCCUCCUCCCAGACAUCUACUCCCUCCAAGCAACCUGCACCUACUUCUACACUCUCCUCCCACAACCCAGCCACUCGGCUCUCCUCACAGCCGAAACCACCGACUACGCCAUCGCCCACGACCUCUACACCUGCCGAUACUGUCUGCGACUACGUCCGGGAUCUGUCUUCGCGGACCGGAUGCUCCGGCGCGGAAGAGGUCGGUACGGACGGGACAGGGCGAAGAGGUUCUGUAUUGAUUGUGGAGUUCUGCCGAGGGGGGAGGGCGAGGGCGAGGAGGCGAGGUAUGGAGCUGGGGCGUUGGUGAGGGUGGAGGGCGAGCUGAGGGUGUUUUGUGGUGGUUGUGGCGGGUUGAGGAGGGUGGGGAUGGUGUUGGGGGUUGCGGGUGGUGUUGGUGGUGGGGGGAAGAGGGAGAGGGUUGUUUGUGAGGGGUGUUGGGGGGUGGCAGGGUGGAUUUGA